AAAAUAAAUAAAUAAUUACAACAACAUCGUUAUUUUGGAACUUCGUAGAAGUUGCAUGCAAAAAAGUUUGGCUAAAUAUUCCCGAAAGGAAACGCCCACAUUGUGUUUCACAAGUUCAUACAUAUGUGCAUUUGUAAUUACAACAAUAAUUGUGAAUUGUUUUGCUCACAAUAACAACAACAUUUGUCAGCACUGGAUGCUGUGGCCGCAUUGGCACCGCCCAAUCGGAGCGUGUAGCAUUUCUAUAAGUUAUUAACGACGCAAUCAACGACGAGGGCGAUAUCAAUUACUUUGAUGGCAAUGUGUUUACUACAACACAGUAUCUUAGUUCAACUACUAAUUAAAUAUCUGCUGAUCCUGUGCGAAAAUGGCUUAUUGACGACAAGCAAAACAACAGUUAACGCCAACGGUAAUAAAAUCAUCUCUGGACCAUUUAUGCAACUCGACAAACCAGAAACAACACGAUUAUUAAUCACCAAGCAUUACUCACAUCAUUAUCUGCCGUGCUACGCCAGCAUCGAGAAGAACUACUACUAUCUUAGCAACGAUACAAAUUACUUUUACACCUGGUAUCGCAAUGACCAAAUUGUGGAGACCCACAGUGGACGGAACGAGUUCAAAAUCUAUCGCAAUGGAACGUUACGCCUACCGCCCACUGAGCGAGCCGCUGGCGCUUACCGCUGUAAAAUCAAUGUCAACACAACGGCCAUACUUUCGGUGCUCAUCACUGUGGAAUAUCCGGUACUUAAACGCGUAACGGUAACUUCCACAAACAUAACCGCUGGGGCGGGUCAACCGCUCGUACUCGACUGCCCGGUCGUAAGUGUGCCACCGGCAAAUAUUAGCUGGUUCUAUGGAAAAGUACCGUUAUCAAAGCAAUUCAAAGACAACAGGUAUUUAAUACUUGCCAAUGGCACUCUGGUGUUACGGAAAUUGACUUUGGACGCAGCAGGGCGUUACAAAUGUUUAGCACAAAAUCAAUUUGCCUCCAAGACGCUGUUUAGAUGGGCCUUCAAUGUGUUCAAUGAUCCCACACCCACGAGCCAUAAUGAACUUUUACCCAGUCUGCAGAACUCGACACAGUAUGUACCAACGGGUGGCAGCUGUCUAUUAUAUUGUUAUAAUCAGAUCGAUGGGCCGCUGAUUGAGUGGUGGUAUCGAAGCACAUUGAAUAAUGCAGCGCUGAAGAUCAGUAAUCACAGUAAUGAAAUCAUUAUAGAGAAUGCAAGCCAGUCAAAUCAAGGUUACUACAGCUGCAUAAGUGGGAGAAGUAAUGAGACUUUUCAUGUCAUCGUUACCUCACCGCCGGUGAUCGUAGAGCCACUCAUCUCGUACGAGAUACUGAUAACCGCUUCGUUGCAAUUUCGUUGUAACGCCACCGGCAAUCCCCGGCCGGUUAUAAGCUGGUAUCACAAUGGGGUUCCUCUCAAAAGUUCCUACACACGCUACAUUGUUGGCAACGAAUUGCAUUUGCACUCCUUCGAUCCGAUUGAGGCCGGCAUAUAUCAAUGCUUUGCACGAAAUAUCGCCGGGGAGGUAUACAGCGCGGGAGAAUUGCGUUUCCGCAACAAAGACGAUGGCUUGCUGCUGCAGAACCCACUGCAGAAUAUACGCUGCUAUGCGCUCAGCUUUAAUACGAUCAAUGUGACUUUUGAAAGCAACUUUUUUGAGUCGCUCUUCAUUGUGCACAUUGUGCAGAAUAAUCCACAUCGUUGGAUUUCCCCAUUCGCCCCGAUGAAACUAAAUCAUACCUCACAUUUGGUAAUCUCAAGCCACCUACCCGUUUACCGUCCAUUCGAGCUGAUCACACGCGUUCUAGUGCCAACCUCAGAGAUACGCUUGGCCAACAAGACGCAACAACAGACAAUACUCAGCUCAUUAAGAAGCCCACCGGUGACAUGCUGCACGCAAGGCUUACUCUUACAUUUGGUGCACAUGGGCAAUGAUACCUUUGUCACUUGGUCACAGCCGGAGUUGAAAGGCAAAAAGUAUUUUAUACUUCAAUUCUCCGGCAAUCACACACAACCGCAUCCUCAGCAAUUACUUAGGCAACAUCUACGUGGCACCGUGCAGCACGUGGACCUCACGCAGGAGGAUGUCGCUCAGAAGCUCUGUGAUAUUGAUGCGCUCAAUGAAGCACAGACGCGUGCGGUUUUGAGGAGCGCUCAGGCAGGCUAUAUUGACAACAACAGUCAUGUGGAGUUGGAGGAAGAAGUUUUUAGUUUGGUAGUGUUGUCAAAUGUAACGGGUGUUUUGCUGGAACAUUUUAAUCGCAUAAAAUUACGUGUACUGAUUAUCACACGUGAAAAUGAACAUUUGAAGCAGGACUUUCGCUAUGUACAGUGGAAAACGAUCGAGAACGACACCAACGAGCUCGCCAACACACCGUUUCGUCUCAGCAUAGUAGAGUCACGCAUGCUUACCUUUCACUUUCACGAACAUUUCAAUGAGUCGUGUGUACACGCAUGUCACUGGCAGAUACAGUUCCCCAUUAUACGUAAAGAAGAGCCGAAAUGCGACCAACUGCCGAUAACCAAUUCACAAGUGGUUAUACGAGGCCUCAAACCAUCAGAACGUUAUCGUGUCAAUUUCUUUAGCUGCAAAACACAAACUUUCUAUGGACAAGUAGAUAGACAAACAUUGCCCGAUCCACCGGGAACGAUCAGCAAUCAACGCGUCAUACGACAUAAUGGCCUGAAGUUGCUUUGGGAUCCGCCUCUGCAACCCAACGGCAAAAUCCAUCACUACAACAUACUGUGGACCUUGGGUAAUGUGACACAUGAGGUCAAUAUUUUGGAAUGUACCGUAUGUUCCUUUAAGUUUCCCAACAUCUCCGAGACGGCGAAAAUCAAUGUAACUGUACGCGUUGUCGGCGAAACUGGUGUAGGGGCACCGAUUUUCAUUGACUUGCGUAGCAUAAGUCACCAUUCGCUCGAAAUUGAGUGCCCUUCAAACGAAUCAGAGGUUUAUAGUGGCAUUAUUAUCGGCUCACUGCUCUCUGUGGUUUGUGUAGUUGUUUUCGCCUUACUUAUCAUAUUUCAACGGCGACGCUAUAAGGCGCGCACGCAAGGACCCACACAUCUUAGUUCGCCAUCAGAGAUGAAUUUUGGUAAUCUGAAUAACCCUAGUAUACCCAGUGAAAGCGCUGGUGGCUUAAGUGGCAGCACUUUCCAACAGGAUUGUCACGAAAUGCAGACGUUGAUACCGAAAAGUGGACGCUAUGUUGACAUACAUGCGGCGCGUCCAAAAGAAUACCAAACCACGCAACUACCCAAUGGCAAUGGUAACGGUAAUGUCGUGCGACGUCAACUCACUGUCGAAGUAGAGCCAAAUCCUAAUGCUACACAGCACGAUUAUGAGUUGGAUGGACGGGCGAACGUAUCACAGCUGCCGCUAUGCAGCUCUACGCCAGAGAAGGCAGCACGAGAUGGUGCGCAUCCCUUUUUCAUACCCUUCAAGCAGACGCCGCCAAAUACUGUGGCCACGGCGCUGCCUAAACUUAGUUCCUCAAAUAAUUAUGCCAAUAAUGGCGGUGACGCUGGCCUGGGUGAUGCAAGCGGUUAUAUUGUGUCGCCCAACACGCUGCCACUUAUGUCAACGCCACCAACAACGUUGGCGCUCAGCGUAGCCGGCCAACAGCGCAGUGGCAGUUUCAGCAGUAGCAGUUGUGGCGGUAGUAGUGGUCCUAACGGUAGUCGUAGUAGUAGUAAUAGUAGUAAAAAACAGUUCCAUGCGAAUUACUCCAAACAUUCCAAAUCGAAUGAUGUGAUCUGUCUGCUCGCGGACGAAGAGGUUGCGGCAACAUUGACGCCCACCAGCGAAGCUGCCGUAGCGUUGGCAUUAACGAAUGGUUUCAAGGCAGCAACAAUGGCCAGAUCAGCAGCGAAUGCUGCGACGCCAGGCGAUGCGACGAAAAUAGCAACAACAAAGGCGGGCGGUGGGCAGCCUGCAAAACUGACCACAACUAAGGCCACCAUGCAUGCACCCAACCAAAAAAGUACUUCUACAAUUCUAGUUAGUCCCGCCAAUCAGCUGAAACGCGGCGCUUCGGUAAAGCUGAAGAAACUCACUGCGGACAAUAAGUCGCGCAACAAUUCCAUAGUUCCUGCCUUUGGAUCGAUGGCUGCCACGGGCAAAGCCACUGCUGCUACAGCCGUGUCAGCGAAUCCAUGGUCCACUACCGCGCCGCCGUUUACAGCGGCCUCAACGUCAGCGUCUACGUCGGCCGCGAGCAGUAACAGUAACGCUUUUAGUGUGGCGUUCAGCGGCCCGCAUCGUCGUCUCAACGUGGACCCGAACGGUUGAGCACUUGCAUUAAGCAUAUGCAUACAUAAAAACACACACUACAAAAGCUAAGUAAAUUCAAGUUUCGCGUAAGUAAACAGUGAGUAAUUUUAGGGAGGCAAAAAUUAUGGAAAACGAAACACAUUCAGGAUAUAAAUAGUGAUUAGGCGUCACGCUGUGGACGCCGCUGAAAAUGUAGGCGCGCAUUCGUGCGCUUUAGAACUACAAAAGCAGUAAAGAGAAACAUUCCAAAACCUAUAGAUUUAUAUACACAAACAUACUUAUACAAAUAUUAACAGAAAAAGAAGAUAGCAGUAGGCUUUUUGAUCCCAAGAAAACAACACGUUUAAAAAUCUUAGCAUAUUUUAUAAAUGUGCGAAAAUGGCUAUUCUAGCUGCUGCGAAGCGUUUAGUGGCUGAUGAUACAUACAUACAUAUACAUAUGUAUAAACAAAAAUAUGCAUUUUGCGAAUAUUAACGAAGAGAAAAUAUUGUGGUAUAUAGAAAACAUGCAUUUAUGCCGUUUAUAGAUACAGUUAAACACACCUAUACACAGUACCAGACCUACCCACAAAUCCAUAUUUAGAAACCUUUUUUUUAUAUAUACACAACAACAACUUAUAUGCAAAUAUAAGAAACUAUGAAGUAGAUUUGAGUGUCCUGAAGAACGAAUUGAACUCUGUAAGACAACAUAUGAAGCUACGCAUUGCUGUGGAAGAAAAUCAUAAUAGAAUUUAUUAUGUUUUUAAUUGCGUCGGAAUGAGAAUUCCAUAAUUUUGCUUCAUGGUGUUUCAGUUUGUUUGUUUUUGAAAUCAACACUGAGGCUAGCUUAGCAUAGUUUUUGUUUAACAAAUUUUAUUUAUUUAAUAAAUUUUUUUGUAUUUUAUGUUUAUCAAAUUUCUAAGUUGAAUAUUUAGUUGUAGGGCUUUUAAAGAUCAGAGAAUGUGAGAAAUAUUAAGAUGCAGAAGAUUUUUUGUUUUACCGUUAUAUUAAUUUCACGUUUGUUUUGUUACAUUAUUUGAAAAAAACAUGAAAAUUUGUUUUUAAUAUCAAAUAUUAUUAAGAUCACUGAAAUUCUUACAUAACUACGUCUAAUAACACUGAGUGACAUUAAGUCUGUUCGUUAACCGAUAUCCCGAGACAAGUAUUCGGCAACUCUCAGCUCCUAUUAGAAGCUUAUCACUCAAGCGACGAAUAUCUAAAAAGUUCAACAAAUCGAAAUUCACAAACUUGACAAACUAUCUGAUCCCUUCUGCCAAGCCUCUAUGGAUAAUAAUGAGAUAUAAUAAUAUACUUUCUGCUUCAUUGUCCUUCCUUUGCAAUAUUACGAUUGCAGCAAAUUCUCAUUUUUGAAGUCAUAUUGGCAAAUGUUCUGGUAUGGAAAAACUUACAAUACAUUAGCGGAUUUGUGAGUGCUCUGACCGUUCCAUCUAUAUAUAGUGAUUCUUCUUUCUUUAGGAAUUAUGGUAUGGUGGUAUGGUGCAUAAAAUACUUACUUCUCGCUUAUUUCAUAAUAAUAAGUGAAAAAAAUCAUUUUGAUAUCUUUUAACGGUAGCUAAUAAGAAGAUAAUAUUAUUAAGACACGUAUACGAAGUUGUCGGAUCUAGAGCUAAAUUUUAUGAAGAUUUCCUAAAUAGAAAUGAAAUACACAAAAAUCAUUCGCCUCUUUUUACGGGGGAUUAUUUAGUUAAAUCCUUUUAUCGCUACUUUUCAAAGUCCUGUAGAAAUGAGCUGAAUACUGGAUUUUCUUUCACAUCUUUUGGGAAUUUACGAAAUCUUUCUAUGUACCAAAUAUUGUAGAACACGAAGAAGUAAUAUUAAUAAUCCGGUCUCUUUUAUCAACCAAAACAUUUUCCGUAGACAUAUCAAGUUAUAUUUCAGAUAGGAUUUUCUAAUUGCAAUUGGUGAAUUACUUAGACUUUUUUUUGUGUCAUUACUAACCGAAAAUCCAUUUUAAUUACACUUCCUUAUGUGACAGCUUAUUUACGAAGAUAUUUACUGUAAUAUUAAAUAAAUGUAGUUUUUAAAUAAUAUUUUAUCUUCCCUAUUUAUUUUACGAUGUAUGAAUUUAAUUCUUGUUUAUAUUUUUUUUUAGUAUUUAUUCAUUUUGACUCUUUUAUAUUUCUAUUAAUUCUGUCAGAAUUCACAGAUAUACUUACAUAUUUAAAAUAGGGCCACUCAUAUACCAGUACACUCUGAACCAAAAAACCAAAAAUGAAAUAGUUUCAGAAUCUUAUCCCUUCGAAAAAAUUUGAAUACCUUUACUUUUUAAAGGUAACUUAAACAGUUUCUAACGGAUAAAAUGAGCCAUAUAUCGAAAAAAUAACAUUAAGUUUGGAGUUUUUCUACCCUAGGUAUGAAAUAAAGUCCACAGAAUGCAUAUUACCAAUUCACCUUGCUUCCGAGCAACACAAUGCUUUCUCCCUCUUCUCUUGUAAGUAUACACGACAAUUCAGUUAUCUGCUCUCACUUUUCUGUUUUGUGUUUCAAACUUAUGGUUGUAUAAUGCACCAAUAUGAUAUCAUUAAAUGUAAACUCCCUUCAACACUUAAAAUCAUGAAAAUACAAUAUUUUGAAAACAUUAGAAACAACAAGCUGUACAAAAUUACAAAACCGAAAAAAUUCCAAAAAAAAAAUAAAUAUAGAAACACCAAAUUUUAAUAACUGAGGGAAAUUUUAAGAGAAUGUCUGCAUACGUUAUGUGUUCUAGUAUCAGGGUAAGAGAACAGUGAUGAAAUUAAGAAAAAUAUAUAUAAUUUUUAACAGAUUGGCGUUAGUCGAAAAAAUACAAGAAAAACACUGAUAUUUAUUAAAACAAAAAAAUAUAUAUAUAUGUAUAUACUUAUAUAUAAAUGAAUCCGUUACCUAUAAAAAUUCAUGCACAAGAAUUUGUAUUAGAAUAUAUGUAUGAAGACAUGUAACAACUGAAAGUUCCACACAGUAAUUUAUAAAAAACGUUCAUGUAAACAAAAGUGCAAUAACCCAAACGUAAAUUAUUAAAACAUACAUACAUACCUAAAUACAAAGCCACGUAAUUGAAGCAUUAGCAUUUUUAUGCUUUCAAAUAUCAUUUUACUUAAAUGUGCGAUUAAUAAAAUGACUCGCAUGCGAGAAAAUUAUUAUGAUCAAUGAUACAAUAAAGCACUGUACUUCAGUGACAUUUGAAAUUCGAUAUGUAUGUAUCAGGGACCGUUAAUAAUGUGUAUAAAAAAAUAAAAACAAUUAUUUUUGCGAUUUUGGAAUGAACGAAACAAUAACUUAGUAUCGACAUAGGAAAAACAAAUAAUGACAUGUUAGUCCUUUUUUGGCGAUCCAAGCAUUUCUAUGAUGAUUUCUGAUGAUUUUCUUCAGCGAUAAUGAUUAAUUUUGAAUAAUUUUAGAAUAAAUCAGAAAAAAGAAUAUUUGCAAUUUUUAUUUAUUUUUUUGUUCAAAAUAAAAUUCACUUUAAGAUCGAUUAGGAUACCUGUAUUAUCAGUGUGGAAUACGAUUUUUCAUUAUAUCAUCGGUGAUUUUUAAGAUACCAAUAAAUUCUAUUCUCAAUCCCCCAUUCAUUUCAUAGAAUCUUAGUAAUUCCUUACGCGCCAAUCGAGCAUACCAAAUGAAGAGCCAUUUUAAAUUUUUCGAUGACUUAAUUUAUUUACAAAGAAGAAAAAACGUUAACUUCAGUUGCGCCAAAGUUAUAUUAUUCUCACAAUAGCAAAUAUUCAUUACAAUAACCAGUACCUGUCAUACAACAUAAAUGCUAUAGUGAUUAAAUCUGAAGAAUUUCGGCGAUUGCGACAAAUGAUCAGUUUCUUGAGUAGAAGAGGACGCGCUCAAAAUUUCAGAUUGAUAUCUCAAAAGCUAGCUCGCGUAUACAGACAGGCGGACGGACAGGCAGACGAAAAUGGUUAAAUCGACUCAGCUUGUCACACUGAUAAUGUAUAUAAGUAUAUACGCUUUUGUGUGUUACACAUGUCGUGUUAAACUUAAUAUACCCUGUUCAGGGGGUGUAAUAUCUCGAAUCAUAAUUGGUACUAUAGGCUUUCCAUUUGCUGGUAGAAAACGCAAACAGAAAAAACUACAAAGAUUUAUUAAUGAUAUAAAAGAUUAAUCGUUCCCAUGACAGUCGAUCUUGAGCAAAUGGCCUUCACUUAAAGAAAAUACAUAAAUCUAAUUGGAGGAUAUUUUAUGCAAGAAUAGAAAUAAUCAGACACCAUAACAACAAAAUUGUUGAAAAAUGUGUUCCAAAAAAAUUAUAUUUUUUUCUUUCGCAUAAGUGAUUUUAUGGAAAGAAAUCGUUCCGCUCUAGUAAUACAUAUGUGCAUAUCGAUUUUCUCGCAUGCGAUAAAAAUAUUAAUUUUCUCGCAUGAUGUAUCAAUUAAUGUAUAAAUAAAUUACACUGCAGGAGAGCCAAAGAAGCAUAAAUAAAAAAUAAAAAAACAACAACAAAAUAGUUACUCUCCAAGAAAUAAUACAGAAACCAAUCACUUGUGUUCAUUUACAUAAUUUCAUAUAAAAAAUUGUUGUGUUUUAUAUUUAUUUUUCCACUUUACAUACAUACCUAUAUACAAAUUAUUAUUUAUAUUUACAAAAACAAGCAAAACAACACAGUUACAUAUAAUAAAACUUUAUUUAACUAAUUAUAAACAGUUAAACAUAAAUAAGCAUUUAAUAGUGAGUAUAUAAAUACUAAUGUAUAAAAAAUUUUUGGAAAUACAUAAAGCUCACACCAUACAUAAUAAAUAUAUACAAGUGUGCAACUACACUGGUAUUAUAUUUGAAUAAAAGCAGAUUUUUAAACAAAAAAUGAAAGCAUAAUAAAUACAUAUGUACAAACCGUUAGCAUUUUACAAAAAAAAGUUAAUUUAUUAAAAAAAAAGUGAAUAUAAACAAACAAAAAAACAAUUUUAAUAAAAACUUGAAAAACAAAGUCCAGACUGCCGAAAAACGACUAGCAGCAACUUUCGACUAUUCCGAAAACGUACUUGAGAUUCCUAAAGACAGACAUAAAAAACACAUAUGUGCAUACAUACAUACAUACAUGUAUAUGUAUCUAUAUCUAAGAAUUUUAAAAUAAAACGUACACAAUUUUAGUUAUUAAAAGCAAAAGUUACAAAAAUAUUUGAUACCAAAAGCAUAUUUACAUACACACAAACAAAUAUUAGAAUACUACAUACAAAAGAAAAAAAGUGUUAAAACAAAAUACAUUCAAAACAUUCACACACUCAUACACAUAGUAAAAGCUAAAAAUGUGUAUACAUUUUUUAUUUUAUUUAUUUAUUGAAAAUAAAUAUUAAGAGAAAGGCGUAGAAGUAGAACUAAAUUAUAACAAAAAAUAUUGCAACGGCAAAAGCAUUAGAUGGGAAACACUGUUUGUUAACGUCAACGUUGUGCAAAUGGAUGUGAUAAGUGUUUCAAUUUAAUGCAGAUAUUCAUGUAAGUUAAAAAAUCAUGAAACAGAUCAUAUACAAAAUACUUGAGUUUUGCAGAAAUUCUGAAAUUUUCUUAGGCAAGUUUCAACGGAAAAAAAAUUUGUUUUCUUUGCUUAAAAGCGAUUAAUUUGUAGAAAAUCGUAUAAAAAAUACAAACAGCAUAAUCCCACAGAGAGAAUACCCUAGUUUAAAACUAAUUCUCUAGUGCACCAGUGCUUUAUUUACAAUUCCUAGAUUGAGAACAAGGAAACCCCUAUUCCGGUUUUCAACUCAACUGCGCAUUGUUUGAAGUUUUGAAUUUCUGAAUUAUCGAUAUCAACCGUUUUUUCGUUAAAAUUGUUUAAUUCAAGCUACCAAAUCAACUUAAUUUUUAGGUCAUCAAUAUAUUUAAUCACUUUUGCCAAUUUGGUACACUCUAUAACAAAAGUGGACCACGCCCGAUGGCAACUCCUCCAAUCGAUGACUUCUCCAGAUCUGAACGAUCAGGUUUGUUUUUGUUUGUAAAAUAGUAAACUGUAUAUAUUUUUGUCACGUCAGACCUAAAAAGUUUAACCUGAUUUAAUGAAUUAAGCCAUGAUAUAAUCAUGUUGUGUAAUCAUGUACAAUUUAAAUCUAACAAACGAUUUCUGGUAAUAGCUGAUUUACAGCGCAAUCAAGCAAGUUAAUAACUCAUAGAAAGAGUCUUCGGUUGGUUCUGUAGUUUCGGAUUCUAUAGAUCACAUAUAAAACAAGAGCAUAUUCGUUUAUAUAUACAAUCUUCAAUAGAUUUCAUAUUAACCAGUGUCAACGAACACUCUAGCCCUGAGAUUUGUCAAUUUUUCGAUGUUAUCCAAUCAUCCCGAAGUGUGUACGAUUCAAUGCUGCUUGAAAUUUGUAGUGUGAAAACAUAUAAAUAUAUGAUAAUAAUUUUACAUAGUAUUCCUUUCUAACUUGUAUCCACUACAUGUUGAAAAUGGAAUUUAUCCUAUGCUAGCUACGGUUAAUCAAACACAUAGUAUGGCGUCAUCCCCAUGUUACAUUUAUCACUCUGCCCGUGUAACGAGCUUUUUAACAAAAAUGAGCAGAACUGAAAGUGUUUCUUUGCUGGUAUACUUUUAGGCGCUUAACCCAGUAUUUGCUAUAUUCUCUAUUAAAGGGUGAAAUUUUGUACCAAGUAAAUUUCAGAAUUUCUCGCCUGGUUUCAUAAUAACUAAGCAAUGUAGGCUUGUAUUGUAAAAUUACAAAUAUUUUCUCUCGAAAUUCAUUUUGUAACAAAGCUUGAAUUUCUAAUAUGAAACUUUAAUUUGUUUCCAAUAAAAUCAAACAAAAAAAUUCUGGGGAACUAUACUACAUAUAUUAUAUAUUAAGACACCAGUAACUUAAGGCUCCAAAAACCAUAUUACAAAAAAACUGUUUUUUAUUUUAAGAUUUGUUAAGAAUUGUAUGCAAACUUGUUUAAGUGAUUUUUCAUGAAAAGUUCUAUUAUGUUUUCCUUCUUUAUUAUGAUUAAUAAUAUGUAUUUAAUUGUUCGCUUUCUGUACAUAAUUUUGAGAGUAAACAAUUAUUAAUUAAAUAUUGUACUAAUAUAUAGUAUACUUAACGUUAUGAUAAGAAACAUUUUUUAUACUUGUAUGUCAGUAAAUUGAGACAAAAUAAAAUAAUAAAAACAAAAACAUGAAAAUACGUGGGUAUGUAGUUGAUAAACUUGUGUUAAAUAUAAAAAAAAUGUGAAGGUGUGACAUACAAAAUAAAACACAUAUACAUAUGUACAUGUAAACAGUAUAUUAGUGUAUAAAAUUUACUUGGGAAGGAUAACGGUUGCGCAUCUAUUUCUUUCAAAUGCUCGCACUAAUAUUAUAUGAGCAUGUGGUAGUAGAUGUGUGGGAAGCAACUAAACAUUGUUCAAAAGAAGAGUGUACGAAAAAAUGGCUUACUUGAAAAUACAGAUGUAACUUAUUUGCAACAAAUAA